UGAACGUCGUCGAGUGCACCGAACGUCUUGUGUGAGUAUAGAAUUAAUCGAAUUCGAAAAUGGAGGCCACCUACCGGCAGGAACGGGAAUGGCUCAAUGGUCGCGGUCCCAUUAAUGGGAAUGGUACUGCUAACUAUGGAGACUACGGCAACUAUCACGGCUUUGGCGGCUUUUCCGGCCAUUCGGGCCAAUCCCAGAACCCGAAUCAGAGCCACAUGGGUCGCACUUUGAGCGGCUUGACCCCCUGGCCCAUGCCCCUCAUGUCCUCUGACUACCAAUCCUCUGCCGCCCCCCAGGCCAACUCUAACUGGAGCCGCGACAGACCUAUCUGGAUCAACGAAAUGCGUCGUGAGCCAGGAAACACCAUGAACCGCUCGUGGCCCGGCAACGGUGGUCCCCUUAACGGCGGCCCUUCCAACGGCAGCCAGUGGUCCACUGCAAACCCAAAAGUGCAGUCCGUGCAGGUGCCGGCGGCGGAGAGGCGCCGGCCGGACCACAUUCACAAGCAGCUUUCGCACCUUAGCGGCGCCAGGCGCAAGUGGUUCUUUCGCUAUCUGGACGCGGGUUGCAGCAAUGAGAAGGCCCUCGCCAAGGCCUUAGAAAAACGCACCAUUCCAUACGAAGAGUCAGUUUCGGCUAACGGCGGACGCAGGCGUCCGGAGCAGCCGGUUUUGGAUGAACGCGCCCGCAAGCGUCCCAAUGAGGACAACUCGUCGGGCGGCAGGGCCAGAGAGGAACCCAAGAAGCAGAGGGCCCCAGAGCCGUCUUCAAGGGCACUGAGCACGAAGCAGAAUGGUCUUACCAUGGCAGUACUGGCAGAAAAUUAUCCGGAUUGCAUGCUGACUAAUAAGCAACUGCAUGAGAUCGAAGACGGCCUGGUGGAGGAAAUAAAAAAGGGUUGGAAGUCCAGCAUCAACUUUGGGGGCAUCCAAUUCCUCUCUGGACUGAUCCAAGUUGUCUGCAUGGACAAGAACUCCCGCCAAUGGCUGGAGCAUGCGGUUCACAACCUUACGGUUUUACCAGAGACUAAACUAAUUUGUUGUCCGGAGGAUGAGAUUCCUGCCACCAAGGUAAUUUCUGUAUACGUACCGCGCUCAGCUGAAGAGCCCGAUAAGGUCACUUUUGAACUUCUGAAGGACCAGAAUACCGACCUCCUGUCGAAGACUUGGGAAGUCGGCCGUAUUAGCAAGAGCAAGGACGGCAAGGUGGUGGCCAUCAGCAUUGGCAGCAAGUCAUACAGCCUGCUGCAGAAGAACGACUUUUGUCUUAGCUACCGCUUUAACCAGCUCACUUGCCGCGCAUUUACUGACAAGGAAGCCCUCAAGGCGGUUCGCGGUAACAAACCGGGGGCAACGAAGACGAAUUCAGAGGCUGAGGCUGCCGAGUCCACCGUAGACUCAGCUGAAAUUGACCUAACCGAGGAGGACGGAGAAGAGUUCAUUUCUCAACUUGACCUGACCGUUGUGGACGAGGUGAAGGGAGAUGAUGAUGAUGAUGAUGAAGAGGAGAAUGAAGAUGAGAAUGAGAUAACCGAAGUUGAAGAUGAUGUAGAAGAGGUAGUCGAAGAUCAACACGAUGAUGUGGAGAUCAUUGAAGGCGAUCAAGGAGUAGAGCACGACGAUGUACAGAUCAUUGAAGGGGAGCACGAUGAAGAGGAGAACAAUGAUGACGCUGCUGAAGAGGAGCGCGACGAGGCAUCCGAAGAUGUGGAGGAUGCUGAGGAAGAGCAUCAUGAGGAGGAAGAGAAUGCAGAGGUGGUUGAGGAUGAGACAUGCUCCUCGUAAGCAAGCCUCAUUGAUGCACCAAGGCUAAAGGGGAUCUCAAGACACAAUUGAAGAGCAGCAAUCAAAUAGGAACAUUUUAAACUGAACAAUAACACACUAGACAUAUUUGACAUUAAAAUUUAGCGGCAAGAAACUCGGGGGACAAGACACACAUGGACACCAGUUUCGUGCAACUAAGUGACUUCUGCAGUAUCUGGACAUACUGCCUCACAUUUAGAUUAGGCAUCAUAUUAUGAUAUACACCAAAGAAACAUGUAAUAUGUUUUUCAAUAAACUGUUGUCACAUUUAAAA